AUGGACUCAAAUUAUCUCUCCGUUUAAGCAAGAGGUAUAUCAGAUGCAGAUAUUAAAAAGCUUAAAUUUUGCACUGAAACUGGUCAUGAUAAUGCCAAAUUAAUAUAUUUUUGCAUUUCAAGCAAGUGCUCCAAAAAAAAUAAGCUUUACUGUGAAAAAUGUGCAGCUAUGAAAAUAAAAAAUGAGUACAUACAUGACCAUUAAAAUCAGCCUAUCAUUGAUAUUUGUAGAAAAAUCUAUGAGGACACCUAGACUUUAGAUAAUGAUGUCACGACUUUAGUUACUUCUCUCCAAGAAUUUAAGAAGAAAUUCAAUGAAUUAAUAGACUUUUGUGAAGCAUAAAAACAGAAAAUGGGAAAAGAUUUCAAGUUAGAGGUAUUGGGUGUUCAAGAAAUCAUAGAUAAUGUAUUAGAUUUGAGCUAAUCGGUUUAAGAUACUGCAAAUGAAACAUAGAAGCUUUAUGACUAGUUAAAUGUUUAAGAGAUUCUAGGUCAUUAGGAUGACUUUAACUAGUAGUAUGAAUCAUUUUUAGAGUUUUCACCUUACUUAAAUCUUGGUACCCAAUACUUAUGGAAAUGCUACAAACCUGUUUUCUCCACUAAUUUCGAUUUAGAACCUCUUGAAAUGGAAAAAACACAGUUCAAUCAAUUGCUACUCUUUAUUAUGAGAGCAUAAAAAGAAGGAGCAGAAAAGAAAAUCAAAUACUAACAAGGUUAAAUAGAUAUUCUGUUCGAAUGUCUUAAGGAAUUAAAACCUGAUAUUGUGUAAAAAUUCAAAAAGUAUGAAGACCAAUCAAAAGAACUUGAAAAUAAGUUGUAGAAAUUUGAGGAAACCAAAAGAGAUUGA